AAUAAAUUUGGCAGGAAAAAAACGUUUUUGUUUAUCUCUAUGGAUGAGGAUUUUGUGUCAGACUUGUUAUGGAACAAGUAUCUUUGUAUGCUGCUCUCCAAAUGUCCACAUGCUGAGUCAUAAGUAGAGAUGCAAGCAUUUUUUCAAAACAAAUUAUAGUCAAUGAUGUCAUGUGCAUCAUAUAAGGAUUUGUCUCCGGAGUCCUGAGAAGAAGGCUUCAACUGGCAAGAUAAAGAGGCAAGCCCCCUUUGGCUCUUGUAGUAUUUGCUAGGUGCUAAGGUGUUUGAUUGGGAAAGUUAGGGGUUGAAGAUGAGAAACCAAGAGCAGAGGGAUGGAAUGGAUCUUAGCUCAAGUUGCAAGAACACAAAGGCUGCAAAUCAAUCCAUGCUGCUAUGCUGCAAGAUCUUUUUCUCUGAAUCACGUAACCGUGCAGCACUUGAUGCCAUAGAAAGAGCUGCAAGGCUAGACCCAGAAACUGUCGUUGUGAACAAAUUUGAGGAUCGAGCGUACAACAGGAGCCGCUACACUCUUGUUUCAUAUGUUGUUCAUGACAGCACUGGUAAUGCUAUUUAUAGCCCCUUGCAACGAACUGUCCUGACCAUGGUUGAGGCUGCUUAUGGAGCCAUAAACCUUGAGCUGCAUUCUGGCGCACACCCUCGGCUCGGCGUGGUUGAUGACAUUGUUUUGCAUCCCUUGGCUCGGUCAUCCUUAGAUGAAGCAGCUUGGCUUGCUAAGGCGGUCGCCGCAGACAUUGGCAACAUAUUGCAAGUGCCAGUUUUUCUCUACGGUGCAGCACAUCCAACAGGCAAGGCCCUGGACACCAUCAGGAGGGAGCUUGGUUACUUCAGGCCCAAUUUCAUGGGCAAUCAAUGGGCUGGAUGGACUAUGCCUGAAAUUCUCUCCGAAAAGCCCGAUGAAGGCCCAACCAGCGUAUCUCGUGCUAGAGGCAUCACCAUGAUCGGGGCAUGCCCAUGGGUUGGACUGUACAACGUGCCUAUCAUGUCUACAGAUGUCUCCGUCGCUCGCCAAAUUGCUAGGAUGGUGAGUGCCCGAGGCGGCGGGCUCCCGACAGUGCAAACACUGGGCCUUGUACAUGGUGAGGACUCCACCGAGAUAGCUUGCAUGCUUCUGGAGCCUAACCGGAUUGGAGCGGACAGGGUCCAGUCCCGGGUUGAGAUGCUGGCAGCCCAACAAGGUUUGGAUGUGGAACAGGGCUAUUUCACUGAUUCUUCACCUGAAAUGAUUCUUGAUAAGUAUCUAAACCUAAUUUCCGCUGACAGAGCUUAAUCGAACCAAGGGUGCAAUUGACACUUCACAUAAAUGUUGUAUUGCAUAAAACUUUUAACCUCGUACAACUUGUAUUUAAUUUAAGCCAUUCUCAGCUGAGUUUUUGUACUGUGUUUAGGCCUACAACCCCAAAAGCUGCAUACUUGAGGAUAUUCUGUCCGUUGCGUUGUAACAGUCUAUUUAUUUACACAAAUUAUAUUCAAAAAUUUGGAAAUA